AUGACCGACCCGACAACGUUACUGGUCGAGUUUCGGGCCGAACGUACUCAAUACCAGCGCGUGUUGGACAGUAUGAUGGCUCAAUUAACACAAAUGACCCAGCUGUUGGGAGAUCGCGAUAAAGAAAUAGUCACCCUGCGGGAGCGAGCCGAUCGAGCGGACGCUCAACUAGUUAACACUACAAAUAGUGAAGAGCAACAGACAAAUUACAGGAUCCCGUACACAGAAAUUGCUUCUCAGGUACCUCCUUUCGGUAAUAAAGAAAAUGAGGCCAUGAGCCUAGACAUGUGGUUAAAGCGAAUUGACGAAAUACAAACUCUGUAUAACCUCUCUGACGACACCGUGAAAAUUCUCGCGACUAAUAAAUUUACUGAUGGCGUACGGAAGUGGUACGAGACAUGUGAGAACGCGUGUGGCAAAGACUGGGCUACUAUUCGUGAAGAAGUGAAACAGAUGUUCGACGAAGACCAAGAUCCAGUCCGAUUGAUGGAUAAGAUAAAAAACAGACGAUGGAGAAAAGGAGAACGACUCGAAGACUAUUAUUUGGACAAACUAAAUCUGACAAAGAAAGCCAAAAUGACUGAUGCUGAAAUAAUUUCGUAUAUCAUUAGGGGAAUUGACAAUUUCACGAUACGAACGCAGCUUGUCGCCGCCCGACAUGUUACACCUACAUCCCUUUUUAAAGAUUUAAGACUUUUAUCGAUUGAGAUGUCCAAUUGGGAUAAACCAAAGGAUCCGAAAGAUGGACGAGAUUUUAGAGAUAUUAGAAUCGACGCUAAGAAGAAGACAUUGCUGAGAUGUGAGAUUUGUGAAAAGGAGAACCACACAAGCGACCGAUGCCAUUGGAGACAAAGCAAGGACAACAGACGUGGACCGCCAACAUGUUUUAAAUGUGGACAGGAAGGACACAUCUCAAGAUUAUGCACCAACCCAUCAACAGUCUCAACUUCAGAAAGAACAGGAAUGAUGCAUAUUCGAACUGCGGACUAUCCAAGGGACACCUCGAGGUAUUAUAAAACCAUUAAAGUUCAAGGAGGCAUGUUGUCUGCCUUGAUCGACACAGGUAGUACCCUAAAUUUGAUUAAAGAGCACUGUAUACCAAAAGUCAUAAUACAUAAUACGAAUAGUCAGUUAAGGACACUAAGAGGAUUCGGGAAUGCCCAGACCUCUAGCUCGCAAGUUUUAGAAUAUGAAGGCCUUGUUGAUGGCAAGAUGUACAAAAUUCCAGCUGCAGUAGUACCCAACAACUCCUGCAACGUCGAUUUGGUCCUUGGUCAAGCCUUCCUGGAUUCUGUGGACUGGACGGUAAAAGGAGGCGAGAUCACAUUUCAACAACGGGACAACCAAUGGGAGGACGCCGCCGCAAUGGUCAUGAAUAUUGAGGUGGAAGCUACCGAACCAGACGCACCAAAAAUCAAUUUUGGAUCACAGGUAACCCCGACUCAAAAAAUGAAGGUACGAGAAGAAAUCAGCGGAUGCUUAAGUAAAUAUAACCCUAAUGAAGUACGUGAGCUCCCUGUGGCUUUAAGAAUAGACGUCAAAAAUGAUAGACCCGUAAGAUGCACUCCGCGAAGAUUGUCACAUCACGAGAGAGAUGCAGUAGAAAAAAUCUUGGAAAAUUACUUUUUGGCUUUAAGAAUAGACGUCAAAAAUGAUAGACCCGUAAGAUGCACUCCGCGAAGAUUGUCACAUCACGAGAGAGAUGCAGUAGAAAAAAUCUUGGAAAAUUACCUGACCGAAGGCAUAAUUAGGCCUAGUAAUUCUGAAUACUCAAGCCCGAUAGUAUUAGUAAAGAAAAAAACAGGAGAAUACAGAUUAUGCAUCGAUUAUAGAGAACUAAAUAAAUUGACAGUCAAGGAUAGCUUCCCUCUCCCACACAUAGAUGACUUGAUUAGUAACUUGAGUGGAGCUUCCUAUUUUACAACCAUUGACUUAAAAAUGGAUUCUUCCAUAUUCCAAUCGAAGAAAAAUCCAUCAAAUACACCUCAUUCGUAG